GUUAUCGAUGUUCAGCAAAAAGAAAAAAGACAGUAGAAGUAUGUAUAUAUGGUUCACAAGACCUUAGGCAUGCGCGAUACAACACUAUUGUGCAUUCAUCUUCGGUUAAAUACUUGCAUAUGUGUAAUGUAUCUUAAAUGCAUAUGUGUUAUGUACAUAUAACUCUUUAACUAGCAGAAUACUACUUUGAGAUAGCAAAUAGCGAUACGAAUAGAUUGAUGUAUGCAGACGGUAGAGUGUAAGCCCUUGACAAGGAAUAAAGCGUGGAUUCGUGGAGGGUCUUGAGGGUUCUGGGAGGAGACAAGGAAAGGGCUUCUGCGUGUUGGACGGUUGGACGUUUGAUUUCAAAUCUCGUGAGGAACCCUCAAGAUUCAAUAAAAACGGUUAUUUUGCAUCGCAUGUGAAUUUAUUCGUACCGAGAUCCCCGACGGCAUUUACACGCGACUCUUUGAGAACGCGUCGUUGAUCAAUUGUUACGGCGGAAGCUUGAGAAAAUGGCCGACAAUUGGACACAUAGUAUUGUUUGCCGAUAUUUUAAAAAUGGCAUGUGUCGUGGAGGAAAUAACUGCCGAUAUCGCCAUGUUCAAACUACUCGUCACGAUUCAAGCACGAAUGACACAGAAAUAUCGUCCACUCCUUCGUCCAAUUCUACUUGUCGCUUUUUUAAAUAUGGCACAUGCAAAUUUGGCAAUCAAUGCCAUUUUCUCCAUAAUUCUGAAACCAUUGAUAAUGCUUGUACACAGACCAAUUUACGAGAAAGUUCUUCAUUAAGACAACGUACUACCACUACUUCAACUUCAGUGGAGUUAAAAAAUACCAAGGACAACAGUAUUCAUGUGGCUGAAGAAUGGGUCAAAGCUCCUGAAUUUAUACCUUCAACUGUUUCAUCAGUUGCUGGUUCUUCCACAUCCAACAAUGAAUUGUUUAAUACUUCAGGAACAUCAACUGGUACAUCCAAACCACUUUCAUAUGCUCAAGCUGUAAAUCCAACUGGUCAAGCUUCUGAUCCUUCAUUGGAACCUCUUUGCCCAUAUGCUGAAGCUACAGGAAUUUGUAAAAAACCUAACUGCACAUAUCUGCAUGGAAAUAUUUGCGAAUUGUGUAGCCAUGCAGCUCUUCAUCCAUAUAAUGAAGAACUUCGGAAAAAGCAUACAAAUGCAUGUGUUAAACAACAUGAAGUUGACAUGGAACUAUCUUUUGCUAUUCAACGUAGCAGAGAAAAAUCUUGCGGUGUCUGUUUUGAAACAAUAAUGGAAAAGUCAUCACGUGAACAAAGGUUUGGUAUUUUGCCAAACUGUAAUCACUGUUUUUGUUUAACCUGCAUCAGGAAAUGGAGACAAGCUAAACAGUUCGAUAAUAAAAUAAUAAGAGCUUGUCCAGAAUGCCGUGUCACUUCUGAUUUUGUAUGCCCUAGUAUGUACUGGGUUGAUACAAAAGAAGAAAAAGAAAAAUUAAUCAUGGAUUACAAAGAUGCAUUAAGUACUAAGGAUUGCAAAUACUUUAACAAAGGUCGUGGGAAGUGUCCAUUUGGUAAUAAAUGCUUUUAUCUACACGCUUUACCAGAUGGUACUAAAACAGACGUUGGUCCACCUGUCCGUCAGCGUCGUAAUGCCGAUUCCGAUACUGAUAUCAUACAACAAUUGAUCUUAUGGGACUUCCUUGAAGGCAGAGAUGAUCACUUGAUGUAUAUAGAUUUCGAAGAUAUUGUACCAUUCUUUUCAGACUCGGAAGAAUCUGAUUGGUCUGAUUACGAAGUAGCAUUGUAGUUGUGCUAAGUGUGCUAGUUGACUGUUGUAGCACUGCUUUGAUACUACUGUUAUCACUGCCGUUGUUGCUGCUACUAGUACUAUUCAUUUCAUUUGUCGUGUCUAGUGGUUUCAGCAGCGGAAUGAAUCAAUAGUAUUCAAAUUGUUUGAGUGAUUAUAUUGAAAAAUAUCCCAGCUUCAUUUCACCUUUUGUACGUGUGUUACAAAUAAUGAUAAUCACAUAAGAUCAAUACGUGAUUAUAAGCUUGGUAAUUUAAAUAAGUACUACAAAUAGUUGGUCAUACAAAGUUUUAGAUUUAUAGCAAUAGAACGUACUUAUUAAAUAUCCUAUUACCUGUGGAAUCAUUUCUUUUUCACGUUAAAACUAAUUCUACCGCAGUUAAUAAUUGAUUAUAAAUAUUCUAAUUGAAUCGUACGUCGGAAUACUUAACCCUUUCAGCGCUGAAAUUUUUAAUGACACGCAUAUAUAAUGCGCUGUCCACUUACUGUGAUAAAACACACUGGACUGAAUACUUUUUUACGUUUUAUGUGUGUGCUCUGUCGGCAUCGUACGCUAUAUUAUUUCACACACUAUUGUAUACUGCAAAAUAUUCAAUAAAAAUAUUUAUUUAAAGUUUAUCGAUAAUGUGAUCGGAUUACUUUGUAUUAAAAUGACGAUUAGGUAUAUAAAUAAUUACAAAAUGCAUACGUGAUUAUAGUAUAUUCUGAUACAUUCAUAUUUGAACGUAUAUACGAGUUCGAAAUAAUAUAAAGUCCAUAGCGCUGAAAGGUUUAAAGUAUUCUAAAUGCGCAUUAAUGUGUUUAAUUUAUAUUAAUAUUGUAUAGAAAUUAUAAACUCUUAUGUGUUUAUUCUGAUAUAGAAACAUAAUUUUUGUUGCAUCAAGAGAGCCAAGAUUAAUGUAACAUUAAAAGUGAUAAUUGCUAGAGUUUGUUUAAUUGAAAUUAUGAUAAACCUCCAAUAUAAAAUAUUUUAGUCAGUCUUGCUCUAAUCCAUACUCAAUGUUGAAUCAUAUUAUUCUCCAUAAAAUAUACAAACUGUGUGGACUUUAUAGUUAGUUUCAGUUUUUUAGUAACGAUCAACUUUUUUCCUAUGUUAUGGUUUCCAUAAAACUGAUAAAAUUAUAAUAAAUGAGAGCAUUAAAUAUUUUAUAUUCUUCAUACAAUGUAUAUACUUUUUACAAUUUCAUUUUAUAAUUUGAUGUUUUGUUAUGCUUGAAAAAAAAAUUGUUAAUGUAAUUUAUUUCCAAUAAACUAUUGUAAUAUAUUUUUACCUAUGAGAAAUUAUUUUUUAAUAUUAAUAUUUAUAUACAUAUUUAUGGAGAAUAAAACAGUAUACUAUAUCAAAUAUAGAGCAAAUGAAGAUCUGAUAAGUAUACUAUAUUGUCAACUAUUCACUUUAAAAGUUGCAGUUAUACAUUGCCGCCUACCUCUUAUAUUAUGGCUCUGCGAAUCUUUAAAAAUUUCUUUAAAUUAUUAAAAUUGUAUAGUGUUAUUCUCUACAAUUGAUACUGAUAGACUAUUCAUAUAAAUGCGUACGCUCAUAUAAAUAUAUAUAUAUGUGAGGAUGUGUGAAUGAAGUGAAACAGAUUAGUGAACGAGAUACAAAAAGACUUUGGCACUAUUUGUGAGUAAUAAAUUAGUGGUUGAACAUGGCUUUCACAGAAAUUAUAAGCUAGUGGACAAACAAUGAAGAACUGUUACAUUUAGCGGGCUUUGAAUUAUAACGAAAUUAACUGAUUUUAUAGCCCGCAUUCCAAUGAUAUCUCUAUAUAUAUUACGUUUUUAUAAAAAUAUUAUAUAUAAUAGCGGCACGUCCCUAAUAACGUCUACGUCAUGCAACAAAAAAUUUAUCUAUUAUCCUACACGAAUAAUUGUAGCAAUGCGCAAAAAGCUCCAUUAAAGUUGCAUAAAUUAACAAUAAUGGAAAUAUAUUGAUAAUUGCUUUCAAUUUACAAAGAUUUGUAAUAUUUUUUUAAGUAUCUAAUCAAACUGUUUUCAUUCAUUGUUAUGAUGUAAUAUUCUCAUAGGAUGUUUCAUAUAUACUUUUAAACUAUCUUUUCAAUACUAUUUUUUUAAAACAGCAUGUGUCUAUCAUUAUAUAAUAAUUCCAUAUCGUAAUAUUUUAAUAAAGUGGCUACGUUUAUUAUCUUUUAUCCUAAUAAAGAAUAUGUCUACGAUUUUAUUACGUAUUCGUUAUUAUUUUAUGUAAAAGUACAGUCAGAUUAUAUAUAUUAAUAUAAGUCAGAGUAUAACGUUAAUUAUCGAAAUUCUUUUUACAAAAUUACUUGUGAGCGACUUUAUUAAAAAUUUAGUACUGAUAACAUCUACAAUCGAUGUAUAUGUACCUGUUAGAGUUAUUUGUUAUAUUUUUUGUUUUAUUAUAUAUUUAUAUUCCAAAUUAACUCGCAUACUAAUUAUCUCACUUAUACGAUAUUAUUUUGUAAACUAAUUAAGUAUUUGUCAAACCUUAAAAAUGUUUUUCAUGUUUUUUCUAUCUGUACUUAGUACAAUAUAGUUUACAUUCAGUAACCCUUACAUUUGGAGCAUAAUGGUUUAAUUGUAUUUAAGAUAUAUUUUGUGGUACAUAUAUGUUGACUAAUAUUAUAUCCUGAAAGAUGAACAUAUGUACUAUAUGAUAUGUAUCAUAAUUGCUUUGUGUUAUUUUUUAUUUUGAGGAUGAGAAAGGAGAGAUAAAUAACAUUCUUAAUAUUAAUAGCUUUUUUAUAAAUUAUACUAUGGAGGUCUCUUUUGUAAUCGUUUUAAACAGGCAAUUUUUAUAUUUAUUUAUUAUGCUUUGAUUUCCAAAAUAAUUAUGAAAAAUAAUCAUACCUAAAAUUGCUUUUCUUAUAAGAGCAUUAAAAUAAUAAUAAUAUUAAAAUUCAUAUAAGAGGAUUAAUAAAUGAAUAAAUUAUUGGCAACGCAUAUCUGUAAGAAAAAAAUUCUAAAAAUUAUAAAAAGAGAACUCUUUUGUCUCUACAUUUAAAUGUUUAAUGUAAGUUAAAAUUAUUUUAUAUUAUCUUUAUAUAAUAAGAUUAGAUACGAAUUUCUUCUAUGUUAUAUAUUUUUUAAAAAGUGUGCCACACAAUACAUGUAGUAAACACCUCUAAUAUUAAUGAUUCCCACUUUCUCACUGUCAGCUAUAUAUGCCCUUGUUAAUUAAUUAAAAUUAUUACUGAUUAUAGAACGUUUAUAUUACAAUUAUAAGAAAAACACAAUUUAUUCUGUAAUAAAUAAAUACAAAUCGUUU